AUGGCGUAUGCUGUGGACUCCGCGCCCUCCUCGCGCGCGACAUCUCUCGAUGUGCCGCAACAGGGCCCCAUUCAACAGUUCGACUUCCAGUUGAAAGUGCUCUCGGAUUCAUAUCUCGCCUUCUUCUACGAACGACGUCGGAUAGAGGAGGUCUAUAUCGACUCCUUGGCCAAACUGCAUACGCGCACGCGCACCAUCGACCUGUACUUGGACGAUAAGGGUGAUCUCAGCACUGCACGCAAGGCAUGGGGGGAGCUGAGGGACGACGUUGAAAGAGAGACGACGACCCGCCAGGCCUUUCUCCAUAGUCUCUCAGAGGACGUCAUAGCCCCAUUGCAAUCUCUGAGGGACUCUCAAGAUCGCAUUCGAAAGCGCGUUAAGGAGGAUAUCAAGGAUUCUACACAGGCGCAUGCAGAGUAUGUGGAUAAGACACUACCGGCGCUUAAGCGGGCCUAUGUCCGCAAAGCGCAAGAAGUCGAGGACUACCGCUCUUCUACCUCCACGAAGGAGGCCAAUGCAACACAAGUGCCGGUCUUUGAGCAAGGGAACCAUCAUUUCUUGUCCCGAUCGAACGCCUCAUCUCCCCCACCUCAUUCACGUCCUGUGGAGAGGCGCGCAUCACUCGGUGCAUCCCGUCACAGGGAUCGGGAUCGGUCGCCUUCUUCGCAGCAAUCAUCUACCACCUUCCAGGAUAUCGCACAGCAUGGGAAACGACAGUUGAAUCAGCUCAUGGGGCUUCUGGACAAGAAUGGUACCAUGAGAAACGCAGAAUCAUCGCUGAAGUUGGUUCGAGCUAAGCGUGAGACGGACGAAGCGGAUCGCGAAUACAGGAAGGGUGUUGUAUGGGCAGAGACUCUGAGGCUCAGACGAGUGAAGACCCUACAGGCUGGGUACAAUAGCCUUGAGACCCUGUUCUAUGAGGCGUCCGCGACACUGAAGAGAACCCUGUUGACUUACACAGACAGUAUCCUCGCCACGACUACCACCCAGGCAGCAUUAGCCACACAUGCACACGCCGCCAUCGAACAGGUCAAUCCGCAGCGAGAUCAACAACUUCUAGCCGCACCAAUUCCCCAAUUAUUCAAGGCAGCUGUACCUGCGCCUCAACUCUAUCAUAAUUAUGAGGUUGGUGUGUGCAAGGACCUCACGUUUGGGAUCAACCUGUCCGAUUAUGCGUCAGCGAGAGGUCUUCCCGAGGGCGAGAUCCCGAGAGUCUUGGCACUGUGCAUUGCAGAGGUCGACGCUCGUGGCUUGGAUGUUGAGGGUAUAUACAGGAUAUCCGGUCGACACGCGGUCGUUAGCUCUCUACAGCACAGACUCGAACGGAAUGAGCGAGACUUCACUCUGGAGGCGGAGGAUGUGCAUGCUGCUGCAUCGCUCCUGAAGGCGUACCUACGAUCGCUACCCGACCCAUUGUUCAGAUUCCCUCUUCAGGAGCGCAUCAAGCAUACGGAGGAUAAUGACGAGCACCGCGCCAACGGUUUCGUUCUUCUGCGAGGCAAGAUCCGGCGACUACCGGCGAUCAACCGCCAUUGUCUGCGAGCUGUUCUUGAGCACCUGGCCCGCGUUGUGGCCCAUGUCAAGCAGAACAAAAUGGACUCCAAAAACUUGGGCAUCGUCUUCAGCACUGUCAUUUUUGGUGAAGAAGAGACGACACCGGGGGAGAAUGAUCUCAUCCGGAUGGCGUCAUGGAAGGACACGGUUAUGGAGGACUUGAUAGAGAACGCAUAUCAGCUCUUCCAGUUCGGCGACGACCGUACUGCGGCUCAAGCUCAAACACCUCAACGACCUCCACACCAACAGCUGCCGCCAUCCCAACAGAUCGUUCAGCAGUCACAACAGCAGUUGCCCCAACAGAUGCCUCCGCAACAUCAGAUUCCACGACAGCCGUCGAACGGCUCCCAGAUGGCACCUCCACCGCCGCCACUAGUCUUGGGAGUGCAGAAUCCUCAAGCGUCUCCCGUCCCUCCCUCUGCCAUUAGGGCUCCUGCGACCGCGCCAUACCCCAUGGACCCUGCUCAGGCCAGAGCAUCCGGCAUGAUACAGCCGAUACAGCCCGCUGUACCAGUCGAGGGCCCUCGUUCGGCGCCGACUGCAGCUCGCGUCGAGCAAGAUUUCACACCCGAGCUUCCGCCACGCCCUGAAAUUCAACAUAGCAUACAUCCGUCUGCGCGGACGCCUGGCGCGCCGAUGAGUCCGCCACCCGGGGCUCGUACGAAAGAACGUCCGGGCAGCAUGCCGCCACCACGACGCGACUCCGCCUCGUCGCUGGUGCAGGAUACCGAUCAGUCUCCGCCCUUCGAUCCACUCGCUACGGUACGAGGCUCUCGCCCGCCCAGUACCCUCCGUGGUGUGAGCGACGUGACUAUCGACGAGCAAUUCGCUGGCGACGCAAUUGCUGCUAUGUCUUUUACCCAUGAUGAGGUCGAAGCUGCCAGCAUACAUUCAAGACCCGCCUCUAGGCAUUCUAAGCAGUCCUCGAGAUCGUAG